GAUUAAUCUUUCAGUUUUUAUUUCAUUUUUUUCUAGGCCAGCCUUUAUGGAUGAAUAUGAGAAGACUGAGGACGAAUUGCAAAAGCAGUAUGACAUUUAUCUAGAGAAAUUUCGAAAUCUGGCUUAUCUGGAACAGCAACUCGAGGAUCAUCACAGGAUGGAGCAAGAGAGGUUUGAGGAAGCUGAAAACACUCUCCGUCUGAUGCAGAACAAGCUAAAGGAGGAAGAAAAGCGACUGCUCAAGAGCAGAAGUUGGCCAGGAGUGCCUGAAGCAGCCCUAAAUGAUAAGCCUGCAUGGAGUUUAUCCUCUUCCGAGAGGCCCAGCACAGGUAAGAGCCUGGUUGGUUGGCUGCAUCCUGCUCUGCCCUGGACCAGGGCAUUAAGACCUUUCUCAGUGAUCUUGCUUUAUUCUUCUGAACUCCUACUUUAAUUUUGUGAUCCGUAGGUUUGGGAUCUCAUGAAGGACAGAGAUUCUCAUGAGUAUGUGUGAUUUAGUUUUUUUGGAAAAAUAAGUUCCGGUUUAAACCAACUUAAUGAAGGAAAGCGCUUAAUUUAGUAAUUUUUGAGCAAAGAAGUUAGGAAAAUAUUUACAAAGGACCAUUCUCAGUUCUAUUUAUCCUAAGCUUCUUAAGAUGCCCUGUGCUUCUUUGCUUUUCUGCACAUGUGGGAACAUUGCCCAGAGUAUUGGGAUAUAAAGGAGGAGAGAUAUAAAGGAAGACCUUCUGAACUUUUCUCCCAUCUGUGAAAGACUCCUCUGAACAGAAAAAUCUAAUAGUACAUAGAUGUGAAUCGGGGCAAGAAUUAGCAAAAUCCAAAAGCUGGAAGAGAGCAUCUUGUUCAGGCCACUCUGCAGGUAGCUGAUUCAACCCAGCAAAGCAUUAUUGAGUAUCUAUUCUGGGUGCUAAGGACAUACCAGUGGACAGCAGACAGGGAUCCUUGCCUUAAACGAUUUGAUGUGCUAAUGACAUGCUGGGGAACAAACAAUAAGCAAGCUGUUUGUGGAAGGUGAAAAAUGCCAUGGGGGAAAACGAGGAGCAGGUAAGGGGCAUAGGGAAGGUGUAAUAGAAUUGCAGUUUUAAAGAGGAGUCAGGGUAGACCUCACCAGGAGAUGCUGUUUAAACAAAGGCUAAAUCAGUAGAGCUGGGGAGAAGGGAGCUAUCAGAUGGGGAAAGUCCCAGCCUUUCUGUGAGAAACUCAGUGAGUUUUGCUGAGUGAGGAAAAGUAUGAACACAUGGGGCUGGAGCUGAGGCAGAUGAGAUGAGCUGGAAGGUGGGCCGUGUGCUUGAGGGGUUCACAUUUGAUGGAGACUGUCUUCUCUGUUAAGCAGGAGGUAAAGUCAUCUCAGAUUUCGCUUUGGGAUUUGGAGUAAGAGGUUUGAGGAAGAGAAAGUUUGAGUAAUUAGAGAUGGGAGAGUGCCAUAGGCCCCAGAGAUUAAAAAGGCAAAGUGCUCUGUUGGGAUGCCCUGUAAUAAAAGUCAAGGGCGACUCUUCACCUUCCCACCAUCCUUUUAAACCUCGUUGCUGGGGGUAAAUUUAUAACUGUAUCCUCGGUAGGAUUCAAGCACUGUAGCAUUAGGAACUUAAAGAAUCCUCUGAAUUUAUAAAAUGACCCAGGAAUUUCUAGAAAGCAACUGAGUAACCUUGCUGUGGUUCCAUUUUUGUGGUGUAGUGGAGAGAAGAUGUUCAUGCAUGUCAUGCACAUUUACCAUGUGCCUACUGUGUGACGGGUGUUGUGCCAGUGCACAGUGAUGGCAAAGGCGCUCAGGGAUCUCCACGUCUAGAACUGCACCAUCGGUACCUGGCCAUGAGCUGGUGUUCUUGGAGCACUUGAAACGUGGCUAGUCCGAAUCGAGAUAUGCUGUUUGUGGAGAAUAUACACCAGAUUUUGAAGACUUACUAUAAAAGUAGAGUAAAAUUACUCAUUAAUACUUUUCUAAAUUGGUUACUUUUUUUUGAAUUUUAUUUUAUUUUUAUACAGCAGGUUCUUAUUAGUUAUCCAUUUUAUACAUAUUAGUGUACAUAUGUCAAUCCCAAUAUCCCAGUUCAUCAUACUACUACCCCUCCCACCCGCCACGUUCCCCCCUUGGUGUCCAUACGUUUGUUGUCUACAUCUGUCUCUCAAUUUCUGCCCUGCA